AUGGUAGGAGUUUUCCGGCGCUCCCUUUCAUUCCCAAACAAAAAUCCGAACCGUCCAUCAGCUCCGAAACCGCACAUAUCUCACCACAUCAGGUCCAUCAGUCUUCCGUGCAGAUCUCACCCUCUGAUCUCAGAGAUCAAGGACGAGAUCAACGGCCUCAGAGCCUGGGCCUCCACCUCAAAAUCCAAUCCACAAACACACACAACAAUUUCCCACGGUUUAACCCUUCUCAAAGAUACACACGAAACCCUUCAACACAUUCUCCAACUCCCCCAGACUCUAGAAACCCUCAGAAGCCACCCUCUCUGGGUCGAGAAGCUUCUAGAAGACUUCCUCCGUUUCGUCGACGCCUUCGGAAUGUUCCAAACAGCCAUUAUGUCUCUCAAGGAAGAACACUCCUCCGCUCAGAUGGUCAUAAGAAAACGCGACGAGUCCAAGGUUGUCGCCUACGUAAAAGCUAAGAAGAAAAUUUCCAAGGAAAUGGAAAAGCUCGUGUCUGUCCUCCGAUGUGUUCACGUCACACAACAUCAGCAACAUUCCAUGCUGCAGGUUCCAUCUUUCAUUGUGGAUGCUGAACUGAGACACGUCAUCGCGGAUGUCAUGAGCGUCACGGUGUCCGUUUCCGUUGCGCUGUUCAACGGGAUUGGGGUGUCGUUUUCGUCACGAAGGAUAACGUGGACGCAGAUGGUGAAGUUGUCCAGAAAUUACGGUGGGAGGGUGAAUAAUAAUAAGGAGCAUGAAGGCAUUGAAGAGCUUCGAAAUGGGGUGGAAUUAGUGGAAAGGCUUCAUCAGAAUCUGAAGAAGAAGGGUGAUGAAGAAGUCAGGUUGGUUUUGAAGAAGAUGCGGGAUUUGGAGGAAUGUGUUUGUGGCAUUGAAAGUGUUACCGAGAAAGUUUUCAGGGCUUUGAUAAACUCUCGGGUGGCGCUACUCAAUAUUCUUACCCUUACACGGUAG